UAGGCACCUGGCUCAAGUCUGAGGAGACAGUGGCUUUGAAAACCAAGAGAGCAGACUUUGCUGCCGCCUUCUUGCGCGGCAGGAUGGUAGUCUCAGGUGGACUCGGUCAUGAGCCCUCAGCUUUGGACACAGUUGAAGCAUUUAACCCUCAGAAAAAGAAGUGGGAACGUUUGGUUCCCAUGAACUUCCCCAGAUGCUCUGCCUCUUCCAUCAUCAUCAGAGACCGCCUUCUGGUGGUGGGAGGAGUUAACCAGGUUCCCAGCUCAGCCCAUGAGAUCCUCUACGUCAAGGAUGAAGAGUGUCUCUAGCCUGGCGUGACUGACAGCAGGUGAUUGCUGCAGAUUCAACCUCUUCCUGUCAGGAUGGCCUUUCUUCAUCAGACUGAAGGGCUCUGUUUUUAAAAACACUGAAAACAUUUGACUUAGGCUACAGCAUGCAAUGUAACAGGUAACACUGCCCCCUGCUGGAAGUAGUUGAACCCAACAUAAUGGAGCAUCUGAGUCUUCCUUUGGAUUGAGAUUCAGUUGGUCUAAACGCGGAACUGUUCUGCAUUUUAGUGCACACCUAUGGAAGGGACUGUAUUCUAACUGGAAUCACAGAAAAACCCAUAAAGACCUAUUUUAUUGUAUAUCUGUAUUUCAUCUUUGCAUUUAUGGCCUGGUGUUUAUUUUAUGUGAUUUAAGAACAAUAUAUAAGGUGGACUUUAUGAAGCAUUUUAUCUCAGUGAUGAUGAGGUAAUAGCAAUAUUUGUAGAUUAUUUAAUCAUCCUGAUAAUCCAGUUGUUUUGUUCAUUUGGUUGUUUAACUAACUGCCAGGUAUAAAUAAUCGUAGUGUCACGGUUUCAGCUCCUUCAAGAUAAUGUUUUGUUCUAAUGAAAUUAGGAGAAACUGUAAUCUGCCUCUUCUAUGGUGUAGCAGUGCCUGUUUGGGAGUGUGAUCAUUUAUACGAUGCUGCGCAUUGCCGGAAUGAAACAAGACCAUGGGUGAAAUACAGUUUUUGUUAAUGCUACAGCAGAAACAUGAAUGUGUUCAAAUGGGAUUUCAUGUGAUAAGUCCACAUAAAUGAGUGGAUAACUAUUAGGUGAAAGAAAAGCUAAACGUUUUUCUCAUUAUCUUUUCCUUUUACGAAUCUGCAUUUGUAUUUAUCCCCCCCUGGGUUUAUGCUUUGCACUGUUUACUGUUGUUACAGGUGUAAGUCUCUUGGGGUAUGUCUCUACUGUCUUUGCACAUGUAGAGACUAAAGAUUUUGCCUUUCAGCUCAGUUCAAGUUGAAUUAAAAAUAGUUGUAUUAAUCCAAAUGGUAAUAUAAGCGUUUUAGUAACUCUCUAUUUAGGUUUCUUCAACAAGCCAGUACUGUAAAAAUGGGUCUGGCUCUGGCCCUAGAAGGGUCUGCUAUUGUUGUCUGUAUUAUGGGGGACACCACUCUGUUGUUGGUGUAUCCCAGUCCCAUGAAGAGGAUGCUCAGAGUACUCCAUUAUGUUCUUAAUUUUAUGAAGCAUCUUUCUUUGGGGAGACUGUGGAUAGAGUAGUCAUCUUGCAAUCGUAAGGUUGUGUGUCCGAUUCCAGCUUCCCCUUUCCUUCUUCCACACUUUUGCUCUGAUCCUUACAAGACUUGUUGCCAAAUGCAAAUGGUACUUCUUAUGGCUUCCUUCUUGUCUUUCUUCCCUAAAGAGCAGAUUUGUGACAUGCACACGUACAACUAAUAGUUGGCCUGGGAAAACAGUCUGGAAAUUUUUCUGUUCAGUAAUGUUCUCUAACAAAUCUCUAAGGCUUUCACAGACCAGCUGUUUUUUUUUUUGUUUUUUGUUUUUUAUUUUUACUUAGGAUAUAUUAAAAGCUGAUUUUUUUUGUAGAUAUUGUGAAAAACAGGCAUCCUUUUCUUUCCAGUUUUUAAUUCUGUGCUACUUUGUGUUGGUCUAUCACAUACAAUCCCAAUACAAUACUCUGAACUCUGUGUUUGCAAUUUGACAAAAUGUGAAAGAGUACAAUGAGUGAAAUACUUAUGCAAAGGACCGUACAACAUGUGCAAUUUUAGGAUAAAUAUUGGACUGACUUGUUGACUGAAACGUGGGUUUCAAUUCCAGGUCAGCUUUCUACCCACAUUAAUAAAAUCACUAGUCUUUGAUAUUGACAAGG